AAAGAAGAGAGAACUUUAGAGGUUAGAGAGAUGAAGACGCAACAUCAAUGGUGGGAAGUUCUUGAUCCAUUCUUGACACAACACGAAGCUCUUAUUGCAUUCUUGACUUUUGCAGCGGUUGUAAUUGUGAUUUACUUGUACCGACCCUCCUGGUCCGUAUGCAAUGUUCCCGGUCCAACCGCUAUGCCUCUAGUUGGUCACUUGCCCUUGAUGGCUAAGUAUGGUCCUGAUGUCUUCUCCGUUCUUGCUAAGCAAUAUGGCCCUAUUUUCAGUUUGGUAUAUAUGGCCAUCUCUUAUGGUUGUUAUGACUGAGUGAUGAACACAACAAGUGUCUAAAAAACAAAAUGAAGACAAGUGAUCAUGUCCAUUUAAAUUAACAACAAACAGAUUUCAGAUGGGGAGGCAACCACUGAUAAUAAUAGCAGAAGCAGAGCUUUGCAGAGAAGUUGGGAUAAAGAAGUUCAAAGAUCUUCCAAACAGAAGCAUUCCUUCCCCAAUCUCAGCUUCUCCUCUUCACAAGAAAGGCCUCUUCUUCACCAGGGACAAGAGAUGGUCUAAAAUGAGAAACACCAUCCUAUCUCUCUAUCAGCCUUCACAUUUAACAAGUCUUAUCCCUACAAUGCAUAGUUUCAUCACUUCUGCUACUCAUAAUCUUGAUUCUAAACCGCGAGAUAUCGUUUUCUCCAACCUCUUCCUCAAACUUACCACUGAUAUCAUCGGACAAGCGGCUUUUGGAGUCGACUUCGGUCUUUCCGGGAAGAAACCAAUCAAAGAUGUGGAGGUGACUGAUUUCAUAAACCAGCAUGUCUACUCUACAACACAACUCAAGAUGGAUUUAUCAGGAUCACUCUCUAUCAUCUUAGGCUUACUGAUUCCGAUUCUUCAAGAGCCGUUUAGGCAGGUGUUGAAGAGGAUACCGGGAACAAUGGACUGGAGAGUCGAGAAGACUAAUGCAAGACUGAGUGGACAACUUAAUGAGAUUGUGUCAAAGCGAGCCAAGGAGGCUGAGACUGACUCAAAAGACUUCUUGUCAUUGAUUUUGAAAGCUCGAGAGUCCGAUCCUUUCGCCAAAAACAUCUUCACAUCGGAUUAUAUUAGUGCUGUGACUUAUGAGCAUCUUCUUGCUGGCUCUGCAACCACUGCUUUCACACUAUCCUCUGUUCUUUACUUAGUCUCUGGUCAUCUUGAUGUUGAGAAACGUCUGCUUCAAGAAAUUGACGGGUUUGGGAACCGUGAUCUGAUCCCGACUGCUCAUGACUUACAACACAAGUUUCCAUACCUCGAUCAGGUCAUUAAAGAGGCUAUGAGAUUCUACAUGGUUUCUCCUUUGGUUGCAAGGGAAACUGCUAAAGAAGUGGAGAUAGGAGGUUAUUUACUCCCAAAGGGGACAUGGGUUUGGUUAGCACUAGGAGUUCUAGCAAAGGACCCUAAAAACUUUCCAGAACCGGAGAAGUUCAAGCCGGAAAGAUUUGAUCCGAACGGAGAAGAGGAGAAACAUAGACAUCCAUACGCUUUCAUCCCAUUCGGUAUCGGUCCACGAGCCUGUGUUGGACAGAGAUUUGCCCUGCAAGAGAUCAAACUCACAUUACUGCAUCUCUACCGUAAUUACAUUUUCAGACAUUCCCUAGAAAUGGAGAUACCACUGCAGCUUGAUUAUGGUAUAAUUCUCAGCUUCAAGAACGGGGUUAAGCUCAGAACCAUCAAAAGAUUCUGAUUCUUGAAACAAGUGAAAUAAAAGCAAGACUGAAAUUUAUAUUUAAAUUCAAAACUCCAAUGUAGUUCCAAAGGAAAAAGAACAAUUAAC